GGGCUCCGGGUGGUGCCGCCCCGCCGCGCUCAUACGGAGCUGUCCGCGCCGCGGUGCUGCAGCGCCCGCCGCCCCCUGCGACCCCCGGGCGGAGCGCCGGGCAUCCCGGAGCGGAGAGCGGCCGGCGCUGAGCUCAGGCUGCCCGGGUACCCGCUUCCCCGAGCAUCCCAUCUCCCCGCUGCCUCCAAUACCCGCGUCCCACCUCCCCGCCGCUCCCGGUACCCACAGCUCUGGUUCCCUGAGCAUCCCACCUCUCCGAUCCCCUCGAUACCUGCAUCUGUCCAGUUCCCCGAGCAUCCCGUUUCCCUGCUAACCCUUCUACUCGUAGCUCCUUGUUCCCUGAGCAUCCCACCUCCCCGUUACUCACAUCUCCCCGUUCCCUGAGCAUCCCAUCUCCCUGCUACCCUCAGUACUCGCAUCUCUCAGUUCUCUGUGUAUCCUGUCUCCCCACUACCUCCGGUAUCUGCAUCUCCUGGUUCCCUGAACAUCCCACUUCCCCAUCACCCACAGCUCCCAGUUCCCUGAGCAUCCCAUCUCUCCGCUACCCUCAACACCUGCAUCACUCCAGUGCUCUGAGCAUCCUCUCUCCCCCACCUCCAAUUCCUCAACACCCUCCCCAACACCCCAACACCUGCAUUUCCUCCAUUCUCUGAGCGUCCCAUCUCCCCGCGGUACCCACAUUUCUCAGCACCCCACACCCCGCAGCCAUGGCGUUCAUGGUGAAGAGCAUGGUUGGGGGGCAGCUGAAGAACCUGACGGGUGGCCUGGGUGGCGAGGAGAAGAGCGAGGGUGAGAAGUCCCCGGCAGAGGCUCAGGGCAUGACCCGCGAGGAGUAUGAGGAAUAUCAGCGGCAGCUGGUGGAGGAGAAGAUGGAGCGAGAUGCCCAGUUUGCCCAGCGCAAGGCAGAGAGGGCCACGGUCAGGUCCCACUUCCGAGACAAGUAUCGUCUCCCCAAGAACGAAACUGACGACAACCAGAUCCAGCUGGUGGGAGGCGACGUGGAGCUGCCCAAGGAGCUGGCCAAGAUGAUCGAGCAGGACAACGAGGAGGAGGAAGAGAAGAACUCCGUCAUCGGUCAGCUCAGCAACAUCCAGAACCUGGACCUUGACUCCUUGAAGGACAAAGCCUCGGCCACGCUAGAGGACCUGAAGCAGUCAGCUGAGAAAUGCUCUGUGAUGUGACCCAACCGACGUGACACCCUCAGCCUCGCAGCGGUGGGGACCCACCGAUGGUCCCGGGUCCUCCUUCUGAGCCAUGUUAAGCCCUGACCCAGAUGUCCCCGCUCCGUCCGUGCCGGUAUCCCCGUGCGUGGUUUUGUUGUUGGGUCGCGGUCCGGUCUGAGGUUAGAGCAAAGGGAUGGCUUGGCGUCCCUAUCUCCCGGGGUGGGAUCGGCUCCAUGCGGGAGAAGGGGCAGAAGGUGACCCCAUAAGGGAAAACGCUUCCUUCUCUGUCGUGAUGUGGUCGUGUGCUGUGCUCAGUCGAGUGUUACACCUCCUAUGCUGUCCCCGUGCCACGGCACUGUUAUCGCCGCUGGAAUAAAUACCAGGAGAUGUCUAUGCAUUCCUUUCUCCCA